CUUCGCAGAAUCGGAAACUGGAAACUGGAAACAGCUCUCUCUCUCUAUUUCUCUCUCUGUGGGUUCAGAAUGGGACGAAAUGAAACGGUGCCGUUUUUGGUGUUGCUACUGUCACUAUCUCUGCCAUGGAUCUCUCUUGCUUACAGACCCGGAGACCUCGUUCCCAUGAGUAAAAUGGGUCAAUACCACUCUUCGAGAACCGUGUGGCACGAUAUGAUUGGUCGACACUGUCCCAUCUACGCUGUGAAUCGGGAGGUUUUGAUUCCGAUACCGAAACCGGUGGGUUACACUGGAGCUGAUCCGUACAAAAUUUCAUUUCAAGUUGGAAGAGAAAAGUUUCUGAUUCCGUGGCUUCUUGUUGUAAAUCGUAAGAGUUCCGAGGUUCCGAUGAUCGAAGUGCAUUUGAGGUACUCGGGGAGCGAUUUGCAUGGUGUCACUGCUAAAGUUGUGGAUAUGCCUCACCAUUAUGUUGAAAUCCAUCCAGACAUUAAAAAGCAGUUCUGGGAUCCUCAACAAUGGCCAAAGCAUGUGCUUGUCAGAUACACAUGGGAGGAGAAUUCAGAGAUAGACGUGACUUCUGGAUUUUAUGUUCUGUUUGGAUCAGGGCUUUUGAUGUCAUUUAUCCUCUCAAUCUACAUCUUGCAAUCAUCACGGGAAAAAUUAGCAAGGUUUGUAAGGGAGGCUGUUGCUGAAAGCAGCAUGCCUGAAGGAGGAGUGGCAAAAGUUGAGUAGUAAUGUGAACCCUAAAAGGUCUCAAUAUACCAUCCAUUUGUGCAAAUUUAUCAUCUCAAAGAAAGCAUAUGAUCUCUUGGGGAAGGCAUCUACCAGCAAACACAAGUCUCAUGCAACUAUUUCUUGUAGCUAGAGGAUCAUUAUUACUUGAUGUCUAAAUAUUUAUAUGAAUGGUCGUUUGUGAAAUUCAAAUACUAAAGGGUCUCUUGGGAAUAGUUACAAUUUA